UGAUAUAUUUAUUUACGUCACACUGAUCUUGAAAUCAACUACAGGCGAUACCAUUAAUACUGGAGUACAGCCUCGUGGCCCCUCACUGUAAGAUCUAGAGCUACAGAAGUCUGAUCGAUACUUUAGAAGUUCUCAAGCGCCCUUAAGAACAGCAAUGGCUGAAGAUCUUCCACCAGAACAGAUUGCAGUGUUGAAAAAGGCAUUUGAUGCCUUUGAUCGUGAGAAGUCUGGAAGUAUCUCUACUAACAUGGUUGAGGAGAUCCUGCGUCUCAUGGGACAGCCCUUCAACAGAAACACGCUGGAGGAACUGAUUGAUGAAGUAGAUGCCGACAAAUCAGGACGAUUGGAGUUCGACGAAUUUAUCACAUUAGCGGCCAAAUUCAUUAUUGAAGAGGAUGCAGAAGCCAUGGAGAAAGAACUUCGGGAAGCAUUCCGACUUUAUGAUAAGGAAGGCAAUGGUUACAUCCCAACAUCAUGUCUGAGGGAGAUCUUGCGAGAACUUGACGACCAGCUGACAAGUGAUGAGCUCGACAUGAUGAUUGAAGAGAUCGACUCUGAUGGCUCGGGAACGGUGGACUUCGAUGGCAAGUAUUCAGAACGAAGACGCGCAUUCCCUGCGUGCCAGACGCCUUAGUCGACGGACACGCACGAUUAAUCUCGAAGGCCGUAUCAGACAUCUUCAUAUUCAUAAUUACCAGCGUUCUGAUUCGCUUGCUUCCUUGGUGUAGUCUUCUGCAAUAUACUUAUAUUAAAAAUUUAUCAUGGAGCGAAUUGCAGAGAAAGAAAUAUACAAGAAUGUUAUAUAAAUGGUCUUUACUCUACGCUAACAGUACUGCCAUGUCAGUGAAAGAGGUGGGUACUUACUUCCCCCAUCAUGCAUCAGUGCAGCAGAGCCUACAAUCUGAAGCGAUUCACGUUCAUAGUAUUUCGGAACUGUAUCUACUACUCCUGGUUAUUAAAGUCUCUCUGUGAACAGGUUAGCCAUAUUCUGAAUAUAUGUGGCGUGUCAAAAUAGUAAUGAAAACUAUACGAAUCAAAAUUACAGAAUGAGAAAUAUUCCUCAACCAGACCAGAAUUAUACUAAAUAGUUUUACAUGGCGGUGAGUUUCAAUUUCAGAACCUGCUUUAAUAGCUUUAUAAUAUCCCAGAACUCAGUUAAGUAUAUAUGUCAUACACGUCACACAACACGGACAAACAGGUGUAUAAUGAA